UUUUUGUCUCUUUAGUAAACCGUAAACCCAGAACCCAUUUCUCUGUCUGUCACAAUUUCUCAGUUAAAUCGGUUUUCAGAGGAAUUCGACACGUUUCCGAAGUGCCCACUUUGAUUUUCUUUCUCUUGGAAUGACUUUUCGAUGAAUCGCAAUUGUUUGACUUCUUGUGGGAAUUGAAAUUGAAUUGAAUUGAAUCAUGGCGUCUUCUCCAUUUGAGGCGGAGGAUCAGACGGACGAGGAUUUCUUCGACAGGUUAGUCAACGAUGAUGAUGAUAUUGGUUUCACUGUCUCCACCUUUGAGAAUAAGCUUUCCAAUUUGAGCAUUUCGGGAGUGGAAUCCUCUAGAGUUGACUCCAGUCAAGAUUUUGGGAUUAGCCCUGAUUUGGGUGCGAAAGAGAAGAGCGAUUCGCUGGUUCAAGAGAGUGAAAAUGAGACGAAAAAAGAGAGUGAAUUUGAUGGUGAAGAAGGUAAGAGUGAAGUGUCUGAGUCAGGGAAGGUGAAAGUUGUUCAAUGGGACUCGUUUAACUCGGACUCGAAUCUUCAUGGUGGAAGUGGAUUCGGGUCGUUUUCGGAUCUUUUUGGCGCGGUGGAUGAGAGUUCGGAGGACCCUUUUGCGAAUGUGGAUGAAGGAGACAAGUCAUGGGUUGAAACUAGUGUGAAAGAUGGUGUUGCUGAUUUGGGUUCUUCAGGUUUAGAGCAGAAUAGAGAGGAUCAGUACAGUGGGAAUUCUCAGGAGCAAAAUUGGGAAAAUCUUUAUCCGGGUUGGAAGUAUGAUCCGAAUACCGGGCAGUGGUAUCUGGUGGAGAGUUAUGAUGUAAAUGCAAACCAAAAUGAUAAUUUGAAUUCUAGUGCUGCUGUGCAGGAGAGUUUUAACUUGAAUUCACAGCAUUCUGUUUUGAAAUGGAACCAAAUGUCUCAGGUAAACAAUACACAAUAUCCUGCUCAUAUGGUGUUUGAUCCGCAAUACCCCGGGUGGUAUUAUGACACGAUUUCCCAAGAAUGGAAAGUGUUGGAAUCUUACAGUCAAGCUGCGUAUUACUCACAAGGGGUUGAACAAAAUGACCAAUAUCGCGAUAAGAAUGCGAAUUACAGAUCACAAGACGUUGGUAGUCAAGAAGGCAUUGCGAAUGUAAAUGCGAAUGUGUGGCAAACUCAGCAAGCUGCGCAAAGCGUGACCAUUGGCUAUGCCGGAAGUCAGCAAUUAGGGAACCGGCAUGUGUUAAAAGAUCAUGGAAACCAACAAACUGGGUUGGGAUCAGUUUCUCUCUAUGAGAACUCAAGUCAGGGAUUUGACGGCGGUAAUGUUGGGUUUCAAAAUGUUGAUGAUGUGGGGAACUUUUCUCAGAUUGAUAAUCAAGUCAAGGAGGAGAAGUACCAAGAGAUGCAUUUUUCACCUCAACAAUUCGACGGUCAGAAAGCAGUAUUUUUUGCGCAGCAGUCUCUCCAGAGUGGAACUUCAUUCUCUUACUCUAGCAGUGAAGAGAGGACAUCUGCAAGAAGACCGCCGCAUGCUCUUGUUACCUUUGGAUUUGGUGGAAAGCUCAUUGUUAUGAAAGAUGCCAAUUCUGUUCAAGCAAACUCAGCGUACGGAAGCCAGGAUUCACGAGGAGCCGUGAUCAGUAUUCUCAACAUGAUGGAUGUUUUCGCGGAUAAAACUGAUACCUCAGGCUUCGAAACUGGUGGUCGCGAUUAUUUUCGUGCAUUGUGCCAGCAAUCUUUUCCUGGUCCUUUGGUUGGAGGGAAUGCUGGAAGCAAGGAGUUAAAUAAAUGGGUUGAUGAAAAGAUUGCGAGCUAUGGAGCCCCAUAUAUGGAUUUCAGAAAAGCGGAUCUCUUGAGGUUGCUUUUCUCGUUGCUGAAGAUAGCGUUACAGUAUUAUGGAAAAUUUCGAUCUCCCUUUGGAACUGAUCAAGUGUUGAAGGAAAAUGAUAGUCCAGAGUCGGCUGUUGCGAAGCUUUUCGCAUCUGCUAAAAGAAACCAAGAGGAUGGGGCUUUUAGGUACUGCUUACAGAACAUCCCUUCUGAAGGUCAGAUUCAGGCUACUGCCCUUGAGGUACAGAAGCUGCUUGUCUCUGGCAGGAAGAAGGAUGCUCUAGAAUACGCCCAAGAAGGUCAAUUGUGGGGUCCAGCACUUGUCCUUGCUUCACAACUUGGCGACCAGUUUUAUAGUGAUACUGUGAAGAAAAUGGCAGUAAAGCAGUUAAUAGCGGGAUCACCAUUGCGAACCUUAUGCCUUCUUAUUGCUGGGCAACCCGCUGACGUGUUCUCCAAUGCUACUACUCAGAGCAGUCUAGCCAGUUCCUUAAACGUAUUCCAACAACCAGCACAGGUAAAAGCUAACUAUACCUUGGAUGAAUGGACAGACAAUCUAGCCAUCAUAACUGCAAACAGAACAAAAGAUGAUGAGCUUGUUAUCAUUCAUCUUGGCGAUUGCCUUUGGAAGGAGACAGGAGAUAUCACAGCUGCACACAUAUGCUAUUUGGUUGCAGAAGCCAACUUCGAGCCGCAUAUGGACGGUGCAAGGCUGUGUCUUAUAGGUGCAGAUCAUUGGAAAUUCCCUCGAACAUAUGCUAGUCCUGAAGCUAUUCAGAGGACAGAAUUAUACGAAUAUUCUAAGGUUCUUGGAAAUUCUCAGUUUCUCCUUCUACCUUUUCAGCCAUAUAAGCUUAUUUAUGCCCACAUGCUGGCUGAAGUUGGAAAGAUUUCAGAUGCUUUGAAGUACUGCCAAGCAAUAUUGAAGUCUCUAAAAACUGGUCGAGCGCCUGAAGUGGAAAUGUGGAGACAAUUAGUGUUAUCUCUAGAAGAGCGAAUAAAAACCCAUCAGCAAGGUGGUUAUGGUACAAAUUUGGCUCAGAAAUUGCGUACCUUCUUUGAUAAUACAGCUACUCGUGUCGUUGGUGGCUUACCUCCACCCGUACCUUCGACACCACAAGGCGGUGCCCAACCUAUUGAAUACGCUCAGCAACUAGGAGGUCCAAGAGUAUCCAACAGUCAAUCAACAAUGGCCAUGUCCUCGUUAAUGCCUUCAGCAUCAUUGGAACCAAUAAGUGAAAGGACUGGUGAGAGUGAUAACAAAACAAAGCACAACAGAAGCAUUUCAGAGCCGGACUUCAGUAGAAAUCCUCAAAAGGACGAAAAAUCUUCUAAUGCUCAAGAACGAACUUUGGCAUCUAGUGGUUCUCGCUUUGGUAGUUUCGGCUCACAGUUAUUCCAGAAGACUGUAGGAUUGGUCAUUCGAUCCCGUCCCAAUAAGCAGGCCAAAUUGGGCGAGCCAAAUAGUUUCUAUUAUGACGAGAAACUCAAGCGUUGGGUUGAAAAAGGUACCGAACCUCCACCAGAAGAAACCGCCUUAGCACCUCCACCAACAACUGCAGCUUUCCAGAGUGGGAUACAAGAUUACAGCAUGGAAAAUUCUCCAAAGCCUGAAAGAUUUGACCCAAUUUCUGGACCAGAAAUUAAAUCUCCAAACUCUUCGGAGAAGAGUCCAGGAACGCCGCCUAUUCCCCCCAGUUCAAAUCAGUUCUCCGCACGCGGGCGUAUGGGUGUUCGGUCAAGGUAUGUCGAUACAUUCAACAAGGGUGGUGGGACCGCGACGAACAUAUUCCAUUCACCUUCUACUCCAGCUGCCAAACCUGUUGGUGGUUCCAAUCCCAAGUUUUUCAUCCCUGCUCCCAUAACUUCAUCGGAGGAGACAGUCCAAACAGGUGGAGAAAGCUUUCAAGAUGCCACUAUGAACAACAGCGACUCCUCAACACUUACAAAAGAGGAUUCAUCGUCUUCCACGACACAAACAUCAGUAUCAAUGAUGGCUAUGCAACGGUUCCCUAGCAUGGACACCAUUGUAAGUAAACCCGGGGAAAUGGGAAAAGACAAUAGUUCUCUUCCGCCUAACUCCCGCCGAACUGUAUCGUGGAGUGGAAGCUUUACCGAUGCACGCAGUCCUCCUAUGAUGAAGGAAAUAAAACCAUUAGGAGAAGCACUAGACAAAUCUCCAUCACUUUACGCGCCAAACGAUCCUCCAGCGCUGCUGCCAAGAAAUAGUGGUAGUUUUGGGGUUGAUCUUCAUGAAGUCCAACUUUGAAGUGUUUAGGCAAAAACAUUCCUGAUUCUUUUUGAGGCAUUCGUAGUCAAGUGCGUUUUGUCACUUCAUCUUUCUGCAAGAAGAACGAUGGGGGUAUGGCACUAAUGGGAUGUCAAUAUUUUUUUGGUGAAAUCCCUUUGAACCACAUACGACAUUGAACUAUUAUGUAUAUCUAGGAAACCAAUAACUGGUUUUGGAUGACCAAAAUUAAGGGCAUUUGUCCUUGGACUGAAAGUGAGAAGGGCAUGCCAUGGAAUUCCUGACCUAUAGAAUCCUAUUUUUUUUUUUUUUUUUUUUUUUUUUUUUUUUUUUUUGUAUAUUUUACCACAACAAAAGCGACUCUUCACAAGGGAAAAAUUGCAUACAUGUUCCCAGAUAGAAAUUAUAUCAUACCAA